ACCAUCACUUCAUAAAGUCAUUGUAUAGUUUCAACAAGGUACUGGAGUGAGGUGAAAUAGGGUUUAACGUCGCGUUCAAGACUAUUGGACUUAUACAGCGACGUGUGUGUGUCUGUGUGUAUGUGGCAGGGUAACCUUAUUUUUGGUAAGACGCGACUGGGGAUCGAACCGUCGAUCUUCCGCUCUCCGGGCAGACGCGCCCUCCACUAGACCACGGAGGCGGUCCUACAAGUGCUUAUCUUUUGCCAGUAGAUCUGGACAGAGGAUCAGUGUAGGCCGGUCUAGGAGAUUAACAGUACGCAUAUCACAGGACGGUCCACAGUGUUGUCUCUCAGCGAUAACAGCUGGGGUCCAUGAAGAAUACAUCUCGAGAUCUUCAGUCUCAUCAGCGCCAGCAGGACACACGGUGAAGGGAAACUACAUCGAGCUGAAGAUGUCCACGUUAAAAGAACUGUGCAUGGGACUACCGUUACACCCGCUCCCUGAACGCCGCGACAGGGACGACUCGGUCCCCCACGCCCCCAUCCGCACCCCCAGUCUCACCGUGGAGGACCAGAGGCUGGCACUGGAGAACGCCCUGCGCUACUUCCCCCCGGAAUAUCACGGGGUGCUUGCCUCCGAGUUCGCCCAUGAGCUCCGAGAGUAUGGCCACAUCUACAUGUACCGCUUUAGGCCGGAUGUGGAGAUGAGAGCCUAUCCUGUAGACGAGUACCCGUCCAGGAGUCGCCACGCCGCCGCCAUCAUGCACAUGAUCAUGAAUAACCUUGACCCACACGUGGCACAGUUUCCUCAAGAACUCAUCACAUAUGGCGGAAAUGGACAAGUAUUUUCUAAUUGGGCUCAGUUCUGGAUAGUGAUGAACUACCUGUCCAAGAUGUCAGAUGACCAGACGCUGGUCAUGUACUCCGGACAUCCCAUGGGACUCUUCCCAAGCAGUCCGUCCUCACCCCGUCUCGUGGUGUCCAAUGGAAUGGUGGUGCCCAACUACUCGUCCCGGGACAUGUACGAGAAGAUGUUUGCACUGGGUGUUACAAUGUACGGGCAAAUGACGGCUGGGAGUUUCUGCUACAUAGGACCCCAGGGCAUCGUCCACGGCACCACGCUGACGGUGCUGAACGCUGCUCGGAAACACCUGGGUACCAGCAAUCUGGCGGGGAAGGUGUUUGUGACGUCAGGUCUAGGGGGAAUGAGCGGUGCUCAGGCUAAGGCCGCCGUCAUCUGCGGGUGUGUCGGAGUAGUAGCCGAGGUGAGUCUGGAGGCGAUACGGAAGCGGUACAAUCAAGGCUGGUUGAUGAGGAUCACAGAUGAUCUGGAUGACUGCAUUGCCGUGAUACGCCAGGCAAGGAGAAAGAAGGAAGCGUUUAGUCUUGGUUACCAUGGCAACAUCGUCAGUCUCUGGGAGAGACUGGCAGAUGAAUACGAGCAGACAGGUGACCUGCUGGUGGAGCUGGGGUCUGAUCAGACGUCGUGCCACAACCCCUACUUGGGAGGGUACUACCCUGUGCAGGUGGGGUAUGACGAGGCCAGGGAGAUGAUGCACGAGAAGCCAGGGAGAUUCAAGAUCUUAGUACAAGAGAGUUUACGGCGUCAGGUGGCGGCCAUCAACCGUCUGGCAGAUCGGGGGAUGUCCUUCUGGGACUACGGCAACGCCUUCCUUCUCGAGGCCAGCAGAGCAGGCGCUGACGUGGGACGCUGUGACGACAUGCACGGCACCGCCUUCAGAUUCCCGUCGUAUGUACAAGACAUCAUGGGCGACAUCUUCUCACUGGGAUUCGGACCGUUCAGGUGGGUCUGUGCAUCCGGGGACUCCGAGGACCUGGACAGGACUGACGACAUCGCCGCCUCUGUGUUGGAGGACAUCCUCAAGGAGGAAGUGCCUGAAACAGUCAAACAACUCUACCAGGACAACCUCCGGUGGAUCAGAGAAGCUUCUCAACACAAGUUGGUUGUGGGAUCGCAAGCCCGGAUAUUGUAUUCGGAGCAGUUAGGGCGGAUAAGGAUAGCCCUGGCGUUCAACAAAGCGAUUGCAGAAGGACAGAUUAAGGGCCCGGUGGUGUUGAGCCGUGAUCAUCACGACGUCAGUGGUACAGACAGCCCCUUCCGGGAGACGUCCAAUAUCUAUGACGGGUCCUCCGUCUGUGCAGACAUGGCCAUCCAGAACGUCAUCGGGGACAGCUUCCGGGGAGCGACAUGGGUGGCGAUACACAACGGUGGCGGUGUUGGCUGGGGAGAGGUUAUCAACGGCGGGUUCGGUCUGGUCCUCGAUGGUUCCUUGGAUUCUGCCUUGAGGGCCAAACGGAUGUUGUCCUGGGACGUCAGUAACGGGGUGGCCCGUCGUUGCUGGUCCGGCAACAGUCGAGCUGAGGAGACCAUCUGUCGGGCAAUGGAGUCUGACCCCAAGUUGAAGGUCACGAUACCAUACCACGUGAAGAACCCCAAUGUCAUCGACAAGGCUAUCAACGGCUAGUGUGAACACCACGGAUCUCAUGGAAAUCAAGAAUACUGACAUUGAAAUAUACUCUAUCCUGCCAUCACUAGAUCUUUAUGUCCAACACUACAGCUGACCAUCGUCAGUGCACACGUUUCUUCAUCACCCUUAUCUGUUUGUUGUUUACGCCGAGAACUGAACGAUUGUUAGAUCUGAAAAAAAUAACCAGUGGCCAUUCAUUCUAGGGGGUGCAGAUAUAGGAACAAUAUCUUUGAUUGAAGACUCAGAUUGGUCCGAGCACUCACUGGUUAGCCGCUCGCAUGUUUCCGUAACCUACAUUCGGCUUGUCUCGGAAUGUCCCGCUCGUUGAGCCCGGCUGUCACUUGAGUCGUGGUUUACAUCUUAACGUUUUUGCUAAUAGUGACUACACCGCAAUGCGACCGUAUGUAUGUACGGGUGAUGGAGGAACGCAGUGUAUACAAACCCCCCGCGAAGUAUUGACGUGGUCAGCAGACGUUUCAUGUCUUCAACGGUGGUAAUAUCAAUUAUAUUAUUUGUAAUAAAGUUCUGAUACGUGAUAGAGGAUAUUUCACGUGUCGAGUGAAAUAUCAUGUUUUUCUCAUCGAAUGGGGGAAAGGAGAUAUUUUCACGAGUAGCGUUGCGGUUCACCACCUAUUGUAUUUGCGACUAAAAAAGUAGUUUCGGGUUUGCAAAAUCUAAAAAAUCUGUCCAUCCGAUCCCGUAAGUCGCCUCUUGCGACAUGCAUCAUCAUCACUGAUUUACAACAGUCGUAUAGUGCUAAGAUCGCUUUGAGGAACGGACCCUGCAUCGCUUUUCAUACGAAAAUCAGACAUUUGAACUCAGUGUAAAUUUUAGGCUGCUUGCAUCACAUCACAUUUAGGGCCCGGUUACACUGUACAACGAAGAACAUAUAGGACUUGUUUUUCAAAUCUAGGACAAUGUCAAACAUACAAUUAAGUUUCUUGUACAUUCCUGAACAUCUAACAAUUUCUGAACUGUCAUAAACACACUUGAUAUCAUUGCUUGACAGAGUUUCUAUUAUUAAUCUGCACGUAUUAUGUAUUUGAACCCAACGAAAAGUCAUUGGCUACUAUUAAAAAAGAUAUUUGUCUAGUUGACCGUGGGCUUCAUCUAGAGAGGGUUUGUCAUAAUGUAAUACAGGUACCACGGUCACAGCAUUAUAUACCCUUUCUAUUAGAAGUGGCUAUGGAAGUCACUAAAUGUUCAUGCUGCCCCUAUAGACAUCGUUAUGGUGCAUAUGUUUCAAAUAUAUUCUAAAGGAGCAUAUCAAAUCCCUGUAUGCACCAUAACGAUGAUUAUUUUUACGUCUGUAAAUAUAUUUGCCAGUGCUCAUGUGACUUUUUCAACUGCCAGUCAUACGGACAGGCAGUAUUUAGAAAUACCGCCCUGGAAAAUGUUCCCCUAUUUAAAAACACUAGAAUUGCUGAAUAAAAAACAUUUUAUUAUCA